UUAUUUAAAUAAUUGUAACUGAUGACGAGAGCACACGGUUAGCAUUACGAUUCCUUCCCGAACUUUUGUGGUUUAAGUUUGCGAGGGCAUUCACCGAGUCCGGGGCUCAAUGCUAAUUAGCCACAAGAUUAGCCCAAACGUGGACCGUGGUCACUGAAGCGGUGUCAGAACCGCGAUCACCAUGUCCGUGGGCGGACGCGUUCGUUGCGCCGCCGUAGGCGUCAUCGCGGGGCUUGUCUAUCUAUUCGCUACAUUCAAAAUGACUUUAUGUUACGAUUACGGGGUACCGGUAGAAAUCAAAUUGUGGGACACAGGGCGAACGCCACUUGCACACAUGGUGGAUGUUACUAAUGGAUUUGGUCUGGAAGUGCUAGCUGAACACAACUUUUUGAAUGACAACAAUAUUGCGUUCUCGCCUUACGGAUUAAUGGGAAUCCUCGUCGCACUUUACGAGGGCGUAGACAGUGAGUCUUCGUACCAAAUCCAGCGAGCGAUGCAGCUACCGUGGAACAGAAACGUUAUGAGGAUAGGCUUCAGAGAUAUUCAUCGCACUUUAAAAACCUACUUCGUUCCAGAAGAAGGAUUUCUUGCAGGUUUGGCGUUAAACAACGAAAACGUUACUUUUAAUGAAGGAUAUAAAAAAGUGCUGCGGUUUUAUGGUUUUGAUCUGGACAAUAAUGAUCAGCUGCCAACUCUGACAUCAACUAACAGUACGAAUGGUACCACUACCGCGGUUCCGGGAGUGAUGACAGCAGCACCCGCAGAGAGUGGUAAUACAUCCACUCCUGUGACUUCUGAAAGCCCUCCAGCUCGUGAAGACACUAGCUCUACUUUAACCACAUUAAAUCCGAAUGCAGAAACUUUAAGUGACGUUGACAUACGCGGUCCCACCCCGACGACUACAAUAAGUCCUUCUUCUGCGCCUAACAGUGAAAGCACCACUGUUCUUGCUACACUUAGUCCAGUCAAUCAAGAAACUAUUGUGUCAGCAGAAACGAGCUCUAAAACAACUGCUCAAGCAAGUACAGUAAUAACACAAGCUAACACAACACCAAUGAUGACUGAAGUACCUAUACCGGAUGAGUUGACAACGACUGUUCUUUCCAACGCACCUGAUGAAACAGAAUCUAUACCGGCAACUACAUCAAUUUCAAUAGCGACAGCAGAGGAAGCCACAGUGAAUAACGAAGUAGACGUUAUAUCUACUUCAGAUGUGUCGACAACGGCUACUCAAUCCACCGCAGCAGAGAGUACAAUUCAAUCUACCACUGAAAGUACAAGUACUGAAAGUACGACAGUUGUAAUAUCAGAAACCCAAGAAACUCAAACUGUAUCAUCUACAGACAUUACUACAAAUCCCACAAUAGCUACUAUUAGUAAUGACUCUGCUUUAGAGACAUUAGAGCGAAAGAAGAAAUCAAUAGUAAACUUUAUUUACACAAAUCCGCCAUACGUGGACGAUUAUUUGUUCUACAGAUCUUAUGACAUACCGGUAGUACCAGAUGCGCCGCCGGGUUCAAAUGUUGAUAACUCUAUGUUUUUAGUAAAUGGUUUAAGAAACGUUCGGGUUACUUACAUGAACUAUGAUACCAUAUUAGAAUAUGCAUAUUUACCGCAUUUGGAAGCUUCUGCUCUGCGUCUCCCAUUGGAUAGCGAACGAUAUUACCUAUUGGUUAUAUUACCUACAAGAGGAGGUGCAGCGGAAUUAGGAAGACUCUUGGCAAGAAUGGCACGAGAAUCAGACCUUUCUGACGUGUACUCCACGUUGAGACCUCGUCGAGUCAGGGCUAUCGUACCCAGCUUCACUGUGAAGGGGCAUGUGACAUUAACAACGGAUUUGCAAAAGUUGGGCAUCAGAGAUGUGUUCGAACCGAGACAACGCGACUUUACGCCGAUGACACACCAGCCGGGCGUAUACGUUCGCAGCAUUGAGCAAGCUGUCUCUGUUGCCAUCCGCAAGUAUCAACCCGAAGACCAGAAGAAGAAUUGGUACGUGACCAACCAGCAGCCUAUAAAGUUCAUGGCGACUUACCCUUUCCUUUACUUCGUGAUGGACGCCAGCAUCCACGUGGCGCUCAUGGCCGGCAAAAUGGUGGACCCGCUCAAUUCCAGGAUAUUAUAG